AUGAGGAACCCAUCAACGGCUACUUCUGCAGGAGGAGGACCACAAGCAGCGACGACAACAGCGAAAACACCAUGUUGCAGCAAGGUAGGGUUAAAGAGAGGGCCAUGGACGCCUGAAGAAGAUGAGCUUCUUGUCAACUACAUCAAGAAAGAAGGGGAAGGUCGCUGGCGUACCUUGCCUAAAAGAGCUGGACUUCUCCGCUGCGGUAAGAGUUGCCGUCUCCGAUGGAUGAACUACCUCCGUCCUUCUGUAAAACGCGGCCAGAUCGCUCCUGAUGAAGAAGAUCUCAUUCUUCGCCUGCAUCGCCUCCUGGGAAAUAGGUGGUCAUUGAUAGCUGGGAGAAUUCCAGGGCGUACAGAUAAUGAGAUCAAGAAUUACUGGAACACUCACCUGAGCAAGAAGCUCAUAAGCCAAGGAAUCGAUCCAAGAACCCACAAGCCACUCAAGCCUGAAUCUGUUGAUCAUCACAAAGCUUCUUCAUCUAAAGCAAAUCGCAAAACAUCAAGCUCUAAGAGUAAUAAUAACAAUCCAGCUGGUGCAGCUGCUUCUUCUGGUGUGGAAGAAACAAACAGCGGGGGCAGUACUCAAAUCAUCAGCAACGAACAAAAUUUAUACAUCGAAAACACUUCCUUGGAUCAUCACUACCACAUUAACGGGAACAAUAAUAAUGCAAGCCAUGGAUAUUCAAGCUUGCUGAAUUGUGGUGAUGGUACUUGUGGGAUGUAUUUGAGAAGCAACGUUCAAGGGCUUAACAACGAAGAAGACGAAGAUAUCAAUUACGGCACCGAUGAUGUCUUCUCUUCAUUUCUCAAUUCGAUCAUCAAUGAGGAAGCUUUCACUAGUCAACAGCAUCAGCAGAUGCAGCAACAAGCCGACCUGAUUGUGCCCAGUUCGGAUCCUUUGGUUUCUAUCAGUACUGCUUCAACGAUAGGCGGUGGCUCUAGCUGGGAAUCUGUGCUCAUGUCCUCCACUUUUAACCGAAAUGAUCCCAUCAAGAAGGUUAAUGACCAUCUCUAGUAGCAGCCAAUAUUCCAAAUUAAGCACCUGCAUUCGCUGAGACGCAUGAAAUUAAUUUAAGUUGGUUAAUUAGUUAACAAAGAAUGCUAGGGGUUUGAUCGGUUAAUUAUUUUAUGUAUGCUAUUUAAUUAUAUAUAAUCUACAUAUAUAUACAUACAUAUUCUUGUUUGGUGUUUGUAAGCAUAUUAAUUCCAUUUCCAGAACAAUGUAUGGCGAAGACUUGUGUGCGAAUGAAUGUAAUUUGUUAUAUUUAUCAUCA